AUACCCAAUAGAAGAUGAGCCCUCUCACUUGGAUGAAAUGCCUCUAAUGAUGUCCGAAGAAGGGUUUGAAAAUGAUGAAAGUGAUUACCAUACAUUACCAAGAGCCAGGAUUUCUCAAAGAAAAAGAGGUCUAGAAUGGUUCAUCUGUGGUGGCUGGAAAUUUCUUUGCAGCAGUUGCUGUGAUUGGCUUAUAAACAUUUGCCGGAGGAAAAAAGAACUUAAGGCGCGCACAGUAUGGCUUGGAUGUCCUGAAAAAUGUGAAGAAAAGUAUCCAAGAAAUGCUAUAAAAAACCAAAAAUACAAUUUCUUUACAUUUAUACCUGGGGUUUUAUACGAACAAUUCAAGUUUUUCUUGAACCUUUAUUUUCUGGUAGUCUCCUGCUCACAGUUUGUACCGGCACUGAAAAUAGGCUACCUCUACACCUAUUGGGCUCCUCUGGGAUUUGUUUUGGCUGUCACCAUUCUGCGGGAAGCAGUUGAUGAAUUUCGUCGUUAUAAGCGAGACAAGGAAAUGAAUUCUCAAUUAUAUAGCAAACUUACAGUACGAGGUAAAGUGCAAGUUAAAAGCUCAGACAUUCAAGUUGGAGACCUCAUCAUAGUGGAAAAGAAUCAACGAAUUCCAUCAGAUAUGGUAUUUCUAAGAACUUCAGAAAAAACAGGUUCCUGUUUUAUUCGAACUGAUCAGCUGGAUGGAGAGACAGACUGGAAACUAAAAGUUGCUGUUAGUUGCACACAGAGAUUACCAGCUUUAGGGGACCUGUUUUCAAUCAGUGCGUAUGUUUAUGCACAAAAGCCUCAAAUGGAUAUUCACAGCUUUGAAGGUACCUUUACACGGGAAGACAGUGAUCCAACUGUUCAUGAGAGCCUAAGCAUAGAAAAUACACUAUGGGCAAGCACUGUUGUUGCAUCAGGAACAGUAAUUGGUGUUGUUAUUUACACUGGAAAAGAGACUCGAAGUGUAAUGAACACAUCAAAUCCAAAGAAUAAGGUUGGUUUGCUGGAUCUUGAACUGAAUCAACUGACCAAAGCACUAUUCUUGGCUCUAGUUGCACUUUCAGUUGUUAUGGUAACCUUGCAAGGAUUUGUGGGACCAUGGUACCGCAAUCUUUUUCGGUUUCUUCUCCUUUUUUCUUAUAUAAUCCCAAUCAGUUUACGUGUAAAUCUAGACAUGGGCAAAGCAGCAUAUGGUUGGAUGAUUAUGAAGGAUGAUAAUAUACCUGGAACAGUUGUCAGGACAAGUACCAUACCUGAAGAAUUGGGACGCCUAGUGUAUCUACUGACAGAUAAAACAGGUACACUGACCCAGAAUGAGAUGAUAUUUAAGCGCCUCCACCUAGGUACUGUUUCAUAUGGAACAGACACAAUGGAUGAAAUUCAAAAUCAUAUUAUCAGUUCAUAUUCCCAGAUGCAUACACAGUCUAGUGGAAACAGUACCAGCUCAACACCCUCCAGAAAGAUGCAGCCCUCUGCACCUAAAGUUCGAAAAACGGUCAGCAGUCGAAUACAUGAAGCAGUAAAAGCUAUUGCAUUGUGUCACAAUGUUACACCUGUGUAUGAAUCCCGAAUAGGAGUGACUGGAGAAACAGAAUAUGCAGAGGUAGAUCAGGAUUUCAGUGAUGAAAAUAGAACUUACCAAGCUUCAAGCCCUGAUGAGGUAGCUUUGGUUCAGUGGACAGAAAGUGUUGGUCUUACUUUGGUGAAUAGGGAUUUGACUUCAAUGCAACUGAAAACCCCCAGUGGACAGAUUCUGACAUACUAUAUUUUGCAAAUUUUCCCUUUCACAUCUGAGAGCAAGAGAAUGGGUAUCAUAGUGAGGGAUGCAGAGAGCAUAGGGAAUGGCCUUGAAGGACAGGACGAAGAGCUACUACCAAGACCACGUGAGUUGCAAUUUUAGUGUGGUAACAUGGCAAGAGAAGGUCUGCGCACUUUGGUUGUUGCCAAAAAAUCCUUAACAGAAGAACAGUAUCAGGAUUUUGAGAGUCGAUAUAACCAAGCAAAAUUAAGUAUACAUGACAGAACGCUCAAGGUGGCUGCAGUUGUAGAGAGUCUAGAAAGAGAAAUGGAAUUAUUGUGUCUCACUGGAGUUGAAGAUCAAUUACAGGCUGAUGUUAGGCCAACACUAGAGAUGCUACGAAAUGCUGGAAUAAAGAUAUGGAUGCUAACAGGAGAUAAAUUGGAGACUGCGACUUGUAUUGCAAAAAGUUCCCAUUUAGUGUCUAGGACCCAAGAUAUUCAUAUUUUCAGACCCGUAACCAACCGUGGAGAAGCUCAUUUGGAAUUAAAUGCAUUCAGAAGGAAACAUGAUUGUGCUUUAGUAAUAUCUGGUGACUCUCUGGAGGUAUGUUUGAAGUACUAUGAACAUGAAUUUGUAGAACUAGCAUGUCAGUGUCCAGCUGUAGUUUGCUGCCGAUGCUCUCCCACCCAAAAAGCUCACAUUGUAAAAUUGUUGCAGCAUCACACAGGAAAGCGUACAUGUGCAAUAGGCGAUGGAGGAAAUGAUGUCAGUAUGAUCCAGGCAGCAGAUUGUGGAAUUGGAAUUGAAGGAAAGGAAGGGAAACAAGCUUCCUUGGCUGCUGAUUUUUCUAUAACACAAUUUAAACACAUUGGUAGACUGCUGAUGGUACAUGGUCGAAACAGUUACAAAAGAUCAGCAGCUCUAGGUCAAUUUGUCAUGCACAGAGGCCUUAUUAUUUCAACUAUGCAGGUACCUAUUUUUUUUGAAGGGAAACAAGCUUCCUUAGCUGCUGAUUUUUCUAUAACACAAUUUAAACACAUUGGUAGACUGCUGAUGGUACAUGGUCGAAACAGUUACAAAAGAUCAGCAGCUCUAGGUCAAUUUGUCAUGCACAGAGGCCUUAUUAUUUCAACUAUGCAGAUUUCUUAUACCGAAAUUUGUUGUAAGAACUAUUUUAAAAUUGUUUUUCUCUUAAGGUAUGCAACCAUAUACACGAUGUUUCCAGUCUUCUCUUUAGUGUUGGAUCAAGAUGUAAAACCAGAAAUGGCACUAUUGUAUCCUGAGCUUUACAAAGAUCUUACCAAGGGACGAUCCUUAUCAUUUAAGACCUUCCUCAUCUGGGUUUUAAUCAGUAUUUAUCAAGGUGGCAUUUUGAUGUAUGGAGCCCUUCUGCUUUUUGAAUCUGAAUUUGUCCAUGUUGUUGCCAUUUCCUUCACGGCAUUGAUCCUGACUGAACUCUUGAUGGUUGCUCUCACUAUACGCACCUGGCAUUGGUUAAUGAUCGUGGCUGAAAUCUUCAGUCUUUGCUGCUAUGUAGCUUCUCUUGCAUUCCUUAAUGAAUAUUUUGGUAUAGGCAGAGUGUCUUUUGGAGCUUUCUUAGAUGUUGCCUUUAUCACAACAGUGACCUUCCUAUGGAAAGUGUCAGCCAUCACCGUAGUAAGCUGUCUUCCACUUUAUAUUCUGAAGUAUUUAAAACGUAAAUUUUCUCCUCCAAAUUAUUCCAAACUUACCUCGUAAAUGUGACUGAACACCUGUGUUUUCCAUCAGUACGACUUUAGCUAGAGAUUGCUUCAGGUGUACUCAUUCUACUUAAGUCUGUGAUAGAUUAAACAAACGAGGGAAAUGAUUACAAGAAAUAUGGAGCAAAACAGCACAAAGAAGAUGAAGAAGAUGGAUACUUCUGUUAAGUAUUACAGCAAACUUGAUUGACAUAACUAUUGAGUACAAAAACUUCAUUUUGUAUGUGGCUUUUUAACAGUUUGAGUUAACAGUGCUUCUGAAUUAUAUAAUUGCUACUAUAAAGGAUUUAUUCCUACUGCACUAUUUUUCUGAUCAUGAAUAGAAGAUGUUGUUUCCUAUAAACCUAGGCCUUCCUAAUUUCUUUUGUAGAAAUAUUCAUUCCCAUGUAAAGUAUACCAUGCCUAGAAACUGUAAAGCUCAUUGUCUAUACUUGCUGCUAUAUGUAACUCUGAUAUAUGCACUGUAUGAAUUAUGUACAGCUGUCUGUGUAGCACAGUAUUUGUUUGGGAUCAGUGGUCCUCUUUUUUAUAUAUCCUCCAUUACUAGCUGCAUUAAGGAAUCUGAAUGGCUGAGGAAUCGACAGCAGCCUUUUAACUGUAAAAUGGAGACUGGGUUGCACAAAAUAUUACGAAAAUAAACUUCUGUACAUAAUUACAUUACAUCUACCAUUCUGUACAGACCACUGUAAAAUUAAUGUUCAGCAAAUGUUUUACAGGCUCCCUAUCUGCUUCAUAGUUGUAAAACUGCACUCUAGAAGUGUCAGCACAUUACUAGACUUUUCCCAUAUAGAGGUUAAUUUUGUAUGAAAAGUUCAGCAACAGUGCGUCUGCAGCCUUCAUUUAUUUUACUGGCAGGAUAUACUAAAGCCAUUUUGAAAUGAUUGGAGGUUAUGCAGUGGCCAUGCCUUAGAGAUCAAGUCCAAACAGUGAAACAGUGAGCAACUGUGAAUACAGAGAUUUCCUCCCUUCUGAUACCAAAAGAGGGCUGAUUCAUGUCUGUUCCUCCCUGGGGUAGCAGACUGAUUAUUUUGGUUUAUAUGAACGAGGGGCCCCCACACUCCAUGCGAGUAUAGGCUGCAUCUAGAGCUUUGAACCAGACUAGUAAAUGCACAUUGUAAUCUGUUUACUUAAGGUAACUCAGGUAAAAAAGAAUGACAUGGGCCUAAUAGUGGUAGAAAAUCUAUCAUCUUCCAGAAUAUGAUUUGUGUACUUUUGAGUUUCUACAAAACAAGAAUAAAGUAAAAGGACUCUCCUUAGUCUAAUGUAAUCUUAA